UCAGAUGCUGAUGGUGAAGGCACUGAUCGACAGAUGCAGAGUGCUGUGCUCCUUGCCCAUUGCUCAUGAUGCGUGUGAAAAAAAGUAUGCAUACAUGUCAAAGCCAGUGGAUCGGAAGGGGGACUCAUCGUUGAAGAACACAUAGAGAAGCGGCAAGGCCGAAGUGACAAUAGUGAACACAGCGGUCACCAGCACACCCGUCGGCCACCGGUAACGUUUAGAAGAUUCGUUUGCCAUCUUUUCAGCGUCAUCUUCACGUAGCCUCCACACCUCAUCAAUCAGUCGACGAACAGUAAAAUUGGCCGAUUGCUCAGCGCCGCUCGAAGCAUCCAGCUCCCGUUCUUCCUCUUUCUUCUUGUCGCUAGCCUCCUUCUCCCCAUCUGUAAGUGAAGAUUGCUCCGCACCGUGUCUAGCUCUCGAGGCAUCGCGCUGGUUCUUAUUCUUCUUGUCUCUGGCCUUCUUCUCCUUGGCUGCAGUUUAAAUAGUGUGGGAAAGGUCGACGGAGCAUUGAUUGUCGAUAUGCACUGGCAUACCCGUUUCCAGCUGGUAUUCUACUCGUCGAAGCUUCUCGUCCUUGUCUUUCACUCUGUUGAUCGUCACGAGCAAAUCCAAGACUGGGCCUCGUUCUAAAACACGGAACAGCAUCUCUUUUGCGCCUUCCGGCUGCUUGUCUUUCUCCUCCUUCUCUGCCGUCUUUGUCGUUUGCCCCUCUUUCUCCUCAGCUCCUCCUACUGUCCUCUUGAAGAUGUUGCUCAGCGCAGUGCUCUUUCUCGCCGACCCGACUUCUUGUCCUGCGGCCGCUUUGGCUUGGGGUUUCUCCUCCUUCUCACUGUCCUUUCCGCGUCUUGCCGCUUGUGCACGGCCGAAGCAGAUCAGUAGCACCGACCGCCAAAUCGCAAGGACCUGCACGUCCUGAUUCUUGCCUUUCGUGCACUGCGACAUGCAGCUAAAGUAGUCUUUGAGAGGCAACCAAAUCGCGAGGACCUGCACGGAGACUGCCGCCAGGAAGAAGAUAGAGUGAGACCCAAAGCCAGCCGAGCCGAAGAGUCUACAUGAGCCAAUGAGUCCAUUCAUGUGUGAUUUGAGGGUGCGCAUCGAAGAACACAAGUAUCUUACGUGAGUCCAAACAGGAGACCGAACUGGGUGAGCUCCAUGAGAGUAAGGAGAACCUUUUUCUUGUUAUCGGACAACCAGGCGCAGCAGCCGGCGAAGAAGCAGUUGAGGGAUAUCUUGCCUGUGUCCUCCUCACAGAGAUCCUCAAUGACGCCGCUGACCAGAGCGUGAAGGGUGAAGAUGGCAAAGAGACCCAAUGUUCGCCAAAUGUCACCCUGCAAUGAUCCCAAACAUAUGUGUAGACAAGAAAUGACAUUCUUUUCACGCCAUGUACCUCAUCGACUACAAGAAUGGCCACUAUGUCCUGCACGGUGCACAUAUGCAAUGAGCUUGGUGACCGAUGUUGUGUGUGUCUCUGUGUGUUUCUCCCUCGGUAUCACCUCUGCCGGCGUCAAAAGACUUAUGAGCAGGCCGAUGUUGAACUCGCAGUCGCACCACUUCCACUUGUCGUUUGAGAGACAUACAGUUGAACAGAAGAGGAAGAAGAGUAGAGCGCUAACGACGCACAUGGCCAGAAUUGACAUAAAGAUGAAGUCGAUGCCGCACUCGCGUUGUUUGCCGAUUGGCUCGAAUGGAUUGCAGACGGGCUUGGGCGGGGGCGGGGGUGGCUUGUAGAGGAAGAACAUGUCACUUUUGAGAUCACUCGGUGUCAU